AGAUUUUCAGAAUGCAAUACACUUACCAGCACAUUCAGGAUUUGGUACCGGGUCCGACUCCACAAAACUUCUACGGGAAAAUAAUUUUCAUCAAGAAAAAAAUCAACCAAAUUGUUGUUCUUAUCAAAGAUGAAACGCAAUCUAUCUAUUUACGAGUAAUACCAAAAGAAGACCAGGAGCUUGAAUUUCAGCUACGCCAAGUGGUACGAGUUCAUCGGUGCAAAAUUCAGUCAAUUCUCAAUUCAAAAGAAGGAAUUGCUCAAAUCGGAUUAUUUGGUUGUCAUCUUAUAGCUUGGUCUCAAUCCGGAAAAGUGGAUAAUCCUGUUAUUAUCAGCUCAAGAUCAUGGACUAAAAGCGAUGAAGACAGUGAAAGGCUCCAGACGCUCCGCAAACUAGGAAAAUCAAGAAGAAAGUCAGGUCGGAAAACAUCAGUUGAUACUAUGGCAAACAAAUUAAUUGAGCGCCGAGAAGCGAUGUUUGCUGAUACAUUUAUCAAGAGCCUUUUCAACAAAAUUGCACUUUCAAGAAAGGAACAUCUUUCAAGAAAUGCUCGAGAAUUGUUCUAUCACCGGCCUGGAGACAUUGUUGAAACUCAAAAGUCAGAAAAUUAGUCAAUUCCUAGUUUACUAGAAAUUGAUGAUUCUUGGUUCAACGAUGAGAAUUCGGAACAAUUUGUGCAAUAUGUAUUGAACUGUACAACUUGUCAUGUCGAAUACAAUCACGUUGAGUAUGCACAAAACAAUAUCCCAACAAAUUGUCGGUUCUGUCAAGAAGCAAUGGAAAGUUUCCACGCUGCAUUUCGGAUUCGUAUUUCUAUUGAAACUUAUGGAGUAUUUCUUACAAUCCCUUUGGAAUUGAUUAAAACGGAGCUGGACAUUUGUGAAGAUUGGGAUUCUGAAAGCAAUAUCGUAGAAGAGGAAGAGAAAGUUACUAGAUUCAAAAAAAAUAUUCAGGAAAAGGUUCGCGAUGCGUCAAUUGUGCAUAUAAAAGGUAUUUCUUCGCUUCUACUAAUAAUCAUGUUAAAUAUAAAUUCAAUUUCACUUGUGAAUAAUAUUACUGAGAAUAAACGGAUUUUAUUGCAAAAGUCUAAUGUUCCGUCUAGUUUACAAUUAAAAAUCCUAAUCACUCCAUUCGUCAUCGUCGUCGUCAGAUUCUUCGGAAUCACUUGGAUUUAUUCCGGAUCUUCUUGCAUCGAGGAAGUUCUGAAUCUGAUCGACAAUUGUUCCAGACGUCGUUGA